GUGCGCGGGUCACGUGGGGCGCGGCCCGUUGUAGCUGCGGCGGCGGCGGCGACGGGGUGGUGGCCGAGCGUCUUUGGUGGGACCGGCUUCGAGACUGCGUCGCCUCUGCAGCUUGUCCUGAAGAGAAGACAGAGCAGUGUAUUCCUGAAGGCCCAGGGCUGGCAGAGGAGGCUGCCAUGGCUGCCGUCGACAGCUUCUACCUCUUGUACAGGGAAAUCGCCAGGUCCUGCAACUGCUACAUGGAAGCCCUCGCCUUGGUUGGAGCCUGGUACACGGCCAGAAAGAGCAUCACCGUCGUCUGUGACUUCUACAGCCUCAUCAGGCUGCAUUUCAUCCCGCGCCUGGUGAGCAGAGCAGACCUGAUCAAGCAGUAUGGAAGAUGGGCAGUCGUGAGUGGCGCAACAGAUGGGAUCGGAAGGGCCUACGCAGAGGAGUUGGCCAGCCGUGGGCUCAACAUCAUCCUGAUCAGUCGGAACCAAGAGAAGCUGCAGGCGGUCGCUAAAGACAUAGCUGACACCUACAAAGUGGAGACUGACGUCAUUGUCGCGGACUUCAGCAAUGGCCGCGAGAUCUACGGCCUGAUUCGGGAAGCCCUGAAGGACAGAGACAUUGGCAUCCUGGUGAACAACGUGGGCGUGUUCUACCCCUACCCGCAGUACUUCACGCAGGUCUCGGAGGACACGCUCUGGGACAUCGUCAACGUGAACGUUGCCGCCGCCAGCCUGAUGGUGCACAUAGUGUUACCCGGGAUGGUGGAGAGGAAGAAAGGGGCCAUCGUCACCAUCUCCUCCGGCUCCUGCUGCAAGCCAACCCCCCAGCUGGCGGCGUUUUCCGCGUCUAAGGCUUACUUAGACCACUUCAGCAGAGCAUUGCAGUAUGAAUAUGCUUCCAAAGGAAUUUUCGUACAGAGUCUAAUCCCGUUCUACGUAGCUACCAACGUGUCCACCCCUGGCAGCUUUCUGCACAAGUGCCCGUGGUUGGUGCCUUCGCCACAAGUGUACGCACAUCACGCUGUUUCUACCCUUGGCAUUUCAAAAAGGACCACAGGAUACUGGUCCCAUUCCAUCCAGUUUCUCUUUGCACAGUAUAUGCCUGAAUGGCUCUGGGUGUGGGGAGCAAGUAUUCUCAAUCGUUCCCUACGCAAGGAGGCCUUAUCCUGCAAAGCGUGAAGCUGGCUGAUGGUUGGGAAGUGUUGCCAGCUCGGGGAACCUGCAGCAUUCUACAUUUGGAAGAACACAUGCAAUUUAUCUUCUGCGUUUUCUUGCUACGGAUCAUUUAGCAUACUGUUGACUCAUCAUUUGCAAAAUAAACAUAACACUUUUAAGACUGCUGUGGAAAAGCCUCAAGGGCCGCUUGGAAGGCACAGAGUAAACAACGACCACCACACAAGAACCAUGAGGCAACCUAAAUUUUGAUGCUUUUUUUUUUUUUAAGCUGUUCGAAAGCUGUGUGAUUUAUGUUGUUCUAAGAGCUACUCGCAGUCUGAUAUUGAAAUAUGACGUGACUUGUCAGCUCUUACAGUUUCGCGUGUUGCUUCUUAAGGGAAAUUAUUUCAGUAGAUGAAUUAUAGUAUUGGUUUUCAAAUGUUCAUCAGGAAAAACUAUUUACAAGUGUUAUUUUCUAGGUCAGAUUGCUGGUAUAAUUAGUGGAACUCUGUAUUAUAUUGUGUAACUCUAGUUGUUCGGCUCUCUGUGUAUGAAAUGCUGCUCUUCAGCUGAUGCUUCGUUAGAGAACCAUAUACGUGUGUAUGUCGUGUGCAUCUAGGCAACUUUAUGUACGGGUAAGUUACUUUAAGAAAGAUUUCUCAUCAAGAUGGCUUAAUGUGGAAUCUUAAGGGUAUUAAAAUUCUAGAUUUUUCCUUUUCAUACUAAACAAGGCUACCCAAUUUUGCGCUAUAGAUUUGCCAAGUGUAAUAUUGCUUACGACAUUCUGUUUUUUUUAAUCUACUAAGGAAUUAAUUCAUUCCUAGAUUUGGACAUGUAGUAAUUGACCCUCAGUCGUCCUCUGAUUUAUAAUUACUAUGGAUGAGUAAUGACUUCUCAGCCUAUGACCCAUUUUAUAACAAAUUUAGCCCUUUAGAGCUUGUUUUACCUUGUCAAACACUUUGCUAUGUGAUAUUAGUCCAUUCCAGUGGCAUUAUUGGUGUAAACAUCAAAGAUUUAUAGAAUAGUAGUUAAAAUAUGGACAGAUUAUGUGUGUGUGAUAUGACAUGUUGUGUCUGUUGAAAUAAGUUAGAAGCUCAUUCUUGGUUCGUGUAAUGGAUUUAUGCGUUACAGUGAAUACUUCUAAUGGUAUGAAGAUAAUUAUGCACAACCCACCACAAUACGGGUUUGCACUGAAACCUACUGUGAAGUCUUUUUGGUUCAGGUCCUGUAAAGCCAAACAUUUUUGAGAAUCACAUACGUAGUGCUUUGACAGUUGUAAAUCACUAUACGAAUAUGACCAUAUGUGCAAAUUUGAAAUUCACAGUUUAAUAUUGCAACAUUGAUGCAGAAACCGGUAAAUUGAAAUCAGGACUUUUAUGAAAUUGCUUUCUCCUGAGAUAAUAUUCCAUUACGAGUAGGCCUAAAGCAUGCUUUUAUGUUAUGCCCACAAUUUUGCCAGUGACAUUGCCUUAGUAUUUCCAGAUCUGACUUGGACUCAAGAUCAGAAGUUAAGUUCAGAGCUCUUCAACUUACAGAUCAGGCCUUCAUCACAUAAGAGGAGGAACUUCAGGUGUGAAAAUUUACACACUAGUGAUACUACGUAGAACUGACCUUUCUACGAUACUACUACGUAGAACUGUUUUGCUUCCAAGUUGGCUUGGAAACCUUUAUUUUGUCAUAUUUGGCAUUUCCCUACCCGACCAUUUAUGGUCAUUAAGACUAGCGAAAAUUUGACUUCAUGCCACAGUGACUUGAACUUUAAUUGACAUAUAAUAAGAAGCAGCAACUUGAUGUAAAAAUACCAUAUUUAUAUCUAAGGUGUUAUGUGGUACAGCAGUGUCUUAUAUUUAUAGAUUAGGUGUUGAUCAUUGUUAUAUGAUGAGACUAAGUAAACCAUGUCAGUGAUGUUUUAAAAUUCUCUCCUUGGCAGGACAUAUGUAAAUAUGCUGAUUGGUGCAAAGUUCAUGAAAGAUCAAAACCAAGACUCUUCCUUAGGUUUUACCUUUCCCAGAGCUCAUUUGAGAGUCAUAAUUGGACCACUGUAGAUGGGGUUUCUUAUUAAGAAUGUGGGAAAUAAGAACCUUUGAAAGAGUCUGUGGCCUGAAAAAAACAAUAAAAGCAGUUGCUUCUGCUUCCUUUGGAAGAGGUUUUGCUCCAUAUGUUUGUAAAUUGGUUGUUUGGAAAGAGAGACACAUUUUUUCCCGUAGGAACAGUUAUUUAAAAGUUACAAAAAAUUAAUCUCUAAACACCUGUGAUAGUAACUCAUUAAAAGCUGGUAACUCAGUAAGAAAAUUGCGCGUGUAACCACGUGUCUCAUAAAUCUUGUGAAACUACAGAGUUGAUUUCUUGCUCUCAUUCUCCUGAUAGGUUGAAUAAGAUGAAGGCUGAUUUUGAUCACUGACAUUGGCGAUGUGGAGGUCACUGGUGCUUUUGUCAUGAUCCAUUUUCAUCGAGUGGUGGGGAUGCAAGUCAUGGUGGGGAUGAAAAGUAGUGGGUUCAAGAAAGAGUGGGAAGAAAAAGGGAGUCAGUGAGUAGAGACAGCUCUUUGGAGGAGUCUGUUUUGUUUUAACCUCAGUUACUUAAAAUCUUGGCACAUUUGGGAACCAGAGGGUUAAGUGGUGUCCUCAGUGUUGACAUUGUUUGCCCUGGGAAACUAGUCUCUCUGUGUCUCUGUCUCAGUAUUGGCUCAGGCUGUUACUCUUUAAAAUAGCACUCAGUGUUAAUAAAGAUUUACCUUCCCAUGGAA